CUUUCCUGUCGGCCAUUAGUCGUCUCGGUGAGUUUCUCUCGGUCUCUGGGGCUGAAACGCGUUUCCUCCUGACCGCCUCACAACCCGACUCAUCAUGCAGAACGACGCUGGAGAAUUCGUGGACUUGUACGUCCCCCGCAAAUGCUCUGCUAGCAACAGAAUCAUUGGAGCCAAGGACCAUGCCUCCAUCCAGAUGAACAUUGCUGAGGUUGACAAGGUGACUGGUCGUUUCAACGGUCAGUUCAAGACCUACGCCAUCUGUGGCGCCAUCCGCAGAAUGGGGGAGUCUGAUGACUCCAUCCUGAGGCUGGCCAAGGAGGACACCAUCGUCGCAAAGAACUUCUGAGGGCGACACUCAAACUCUGGGAACUUUGAUAAAUAAAAUGGUGGAAAAAAAUGUUGUUGUUGCCGUUGUCAUUUCUAAACUGCUCACGUGUAACUGGUCGGUUAAAAGAAUAAAUGUUUACUACUGA